AAAUGUUGGAAUAUUAUUACAACAGUGUAUAACGCCUGAGCUGGGCACUGGUCGAAGGCCUACGUGAAAUAAGUACUUACAUUCGAGUACAACGUUGAAUAAAAUAUGAAGUUUAUUUUCAUUUUCGGUGUCGCCGUGUUGGUGAUAUUCGUCUUGAGUUCCCAAGUCCAAUCGCAAGCGGUAGACCUGUCCGGCCUGGGCUUUGGAGGUGGUUCAUCUGAAGACAAAUCUGAAGAGAAAUCCGAAGAACCGUCCGAAGAACCAUCCGAAGAACCAUCCGAAGAACCAUCUGAAGAACCAUCUGAAGAACCAUCCGAAGAACCAUCGGAAGAACCAUCGGAAGAACAAUCCGAAGAACCAUCCGAAGAGCAAAAUUCGUCAAACGAUAAUCAGCAGUCGUCACAAGGAGAUUCGAGCAACAACGCGACCUCUAAAAUGGCAGUUGAUCUUCUGUCAGACUUAUCUAACCUCUUAGGUAUUGGAAGCUCCGGUAGUGAACCCUCCGAAAGUAGCGAAAAUCAACCGUCAGAAGAUAAUAGCGGUGAAACCUCAAAUAAUGAAACGCCAUCAGAAGGUGGCGAUACGUCUUCAGAAGGAAGUGGAACCUCAGCAAACGCAAACGCUCAAGAAGAUACCCCUCAAGCACAAGACUGAAGAAUAACAAAGCAUCAAAAAAAUCAAAUCUGUUUCAUAUUAAGAGCUGAUCUCACUGUUUAUGUACCUAUAGCUACCUACCUAAACUAAUGAACACUCCGAAAAUGUAUAGGUAUCCAUCAAGUAUAUUAUUGUCAACAUCAUCAUCAUCAUCAUGUACUUUAAGCCUUUGUACGUACAUUGAAAUUUUUUUAAAAUUAUAAUAUAAAAUACUUGAAGGUGAA